ACAAGCUUGUGUCAAACAGUUUGUCACUCUUUUAAAAAUUCCAGGAUAUAUGAUCUAUUAAACUUAAACUUGUUGCAUAUGUGCACUUCAACAUUAGUAAUGGGUGUCGAAUACACAAUUGUUUUUAUGUUGCCCCAGAAAUAAAAGUGUAAUAGAUUUAAAUCUGGAGAACGAGUAGGCCAAGUAAUAGGUCUUUCAUGACCUAUUCAUUUUCGAGGAAAUCUUUCGUCUAAGAACUGUUUGGCUACUCGGCUAAAGGUCCCACAUAGAACAUAAUCUUCAGUGGAUGUUUAAUCUUCAGUGGGAAACUUUUACGGUGGAUGGUGCUCUAGAAUUCCAUCGUGGACGUCCAUUAGCCAUCCAGCGAACCUCCACGGUGAACGGUGCUCUAGAAUUCCAUCGUGGAUGUCCAUUAGCUGUCCAGCGAACUUUCACGGUGGAUGGUCCCACACGGAACAUGACAUCCAUUAGAGGUCCACAUAAUCUCCACGGCCUUCAUGCGACAUCUAUCUCCAUGUAUUUGAUUUUAGCCGAUUACGUAGGUGAAGCAAGCUCGACCGUGUAUACUACAAGGAUGGCUGACUCUCGGAAAAAUUAUGUGACGUUAUCGACAUUUACAAGAUAAAAAAAGAUUUCAUUAGUUCCAUUGCGUUACGUAUG